AUGGAUGCUUUCUUUGGCUCAGAUGACUAUGAAUUAGAUGAUACAAUAUUGAAUGAUCCUUCCGGAUUCAUACUAGACGGUAUAUCAUGGAGAUUCUACUACUCUCAUUCGAAAAUAAUAACUGUAAAGUUGAUAGAAGUAAUAUCGACAAUCUAUGAAGCCUCCUCAGAGGUUAAAUACAAAGAGUCUGUUAAUGCAGUUUACAUAACAAUUGUUCCUCAUGAUAGCAGUAAACCGUGUUGGUAUUUGUUUCUCUAUAACAGUUGCGUGAUUGUGACGUCCAAUGUGGAAAUUAUGACGGGGGAAAACGGCAACCUAUGGGAAGAGGUGAAUAGUUUCCCUUUUGAAGUUAAUUUUAGUGCGCGCAUGAUGAGGAGAGUCGUUGACUCAGUCUCGCCUUUCUGUAGGUCUCUAAUGCGGGUAUCUUUUCAGGUGAAAGAAAUGACCAAACAUUUGGAGAAGUUUGACAUCGAAGUCGAUAUCGAUGACUUAAAAAACAAGGAUGAUGAGCAGCCUUUCAACAAAAUAUUAAUGAAUCACCUGCAUGAGCAAAUAGGACUGGAGCCUACGAUGCCGAUUAAUCACAUAAAAAUACCGAAAAGCCUUCUCUUGACAAGUAAAUAUGUCCGUUUCAUUGGGUUUUCAUGCCUGCUAGGGACAUCAGCAGUGGCCGCGAUAGUAGCCGAUGAAAUGAGCGAAUAA